AUGUCCAACCAAUCCGAUAGUCAAUACUGGACGAAUCAGACAGAGGAUUUGUACGAUGGAUUCACCGAAAAGUCGCAGAUGCUAGAUUUUCAAACACUCAAUCCGAACGAAAUGGUGUACUGGAAUGAUUCGUCGCAACCGGAUCCUGUCUAUAACUCAUUACCCGAAGUUGCUUCCUGUGAUCCAUAUGGCAUGAUGAUACAUCAACAAAAUCACUACGGCCUAUCACCUUUAUUGUACACGUCGAAUUAUUAUAGCGAUUAUAAUGGGACUGGCUCUGUCAUUGAAGCGAAUGAGUUUGACGAACUGCCCCUGCUAGAAGAACUGGAAAUUUAUCCUCGACGCAUACUGGGAAAGGCCAUGGAGGUACUAAAUCCUUUCCAGGGUUACGGCCCCACGGUAGACACUCCGGAUUAUCUGUUUCAGGAAACUGACUUGGCCGGUCCAAUCAUGUUCUGUCUUACGCUUGCCGCUUGUCUGUCUAUCUCGAACAGCAAGGCCCAGUUCGGUUACAUUUACGGUCUGUCAACUAUAUCCGUACUGGCAAUGUACUGUCUCAUAUGGCUAAUGUGCCAAGGAACCGAAUGGCACGUGACUGUGUCGGGUGUGGCCAGCGUGCUCGGUUACAGUAUGCUGACGGUGGUGUUUCUGGCAGUGAUUGGACUGUUUACCUCGCUGAACAACUUGUACGGCGUGAUGUUGGCCGGAACGUCCAUUUUGCUUGCUACAGUUCAUUCGAGCCGAAUGUUUUGUCUUAUGACCGGUGAUCCAAACCAGCGGUACUUGUUAGCGUACCCAUGCUCGUUGCUAUUUACCAUCUUUGCAAUGUUAGUUUUAUUUUAA